AUGGCUAAGAUCAAGACCACUGCGGUCCAGGACCUCAAGACCCAGAUCGAUGCCGCGACCGCUGAGCCUGCCGAGAACAUCCCCGGCGUCGUCUAUGUCGCGGUCAACAAAAAGGGUGAAAUGAUACUCGAGCACGCUGCAGGAAAAGCAGGCCUGAGAGUGGACGAAGAUAUGACCCUCGACCACUCCUUCUGGAUCGCAAGUUGCACCAAGAUGAUCACGGGUAUUGCUUGUAUGCAACUUGUCGAGCAAGGAAAAUUGGCACUUGACGAUGGAGACUUGGUUGAGAAGCUGGCACCUGAACUCAAAGAGGUUCAGGUCUUCGACGGCAAGAACCUCCACCCAAAGAAGAGACAAAUCACCCUGCGAAUGCUGCUCUCCCAUACGGGCAACUUCUUCGACCAACGCGUCCAAGACUACUACGGCGCCGGUGGCAUCAACGAGUUCUCCGGCCUCCCCUACGACUACCUCUCCCAACCUCUCGUCAACCAACCCGGCGAAGUCUGGGAAUACGGCAUCAACAUCGACUGGGCCGGCAUCCUCGUCGAGCGCGCCUCAGGCAAGAAACUCAACGACUACUUCCAAGAACACAUCUUCCAGCCCAUGGGCAUCACCCACAUCAACAUGUUCCCCACCAAGGACAUGCUUUCAAAAUUCGCGUACAUGCACGACCGCGAUGCAAAGGGGAACGUCCACCGCCGCAAUGACGGACAUCUAGCGCGGGCACCCCUGAUCGCUCAAACUCAAGCUGACCGAGACGCUAUCUUCCAGCAAGGUGGGGCGGGAUGCUACGCACGACCGAACCAGUACGCUCAGAUCAUCGCCAUGCUCCUCAACGACGGCACACAUGCCCCAAGCGGCGCACAGAUCCUCAAAAAGGAGACCGUGGACGCCAUGUUCACGAACCAGAUCCCCGACAUGCCGAAUUUCGGCCGUCAGGCCAUCAACCCGCCUAAACCAGAAUACUCAAACGCCUUGCCCGAGCUCUACCCGGAACCACAUGAGAUCCCUCAGGGAUGGGGACUGACCUUCUUCUUGCAUUUGAAGGAUUCUGCGGUCCAUAGCCAGGGAACAGGUUGGUGGGCGGGAUUGUCGAAUUUGUUCUGGUGGGCGGAUCGACAGAGGGGUGUGGGUGGGAUGAUUGCGACGCAGAUUUUGCCGUUUGGUGAUCUGAAGGUUAUGGGGCUUUGGGGACAGGUUCAGGCUGGAAUUAACGCGGCGCUGGAGGAUUGA